UUAAUAAAUUUUACCAAUAUUACCUGCGAAACUAUGGAUACAACUAUAAGUACCAUCGAGUAUUGUUACAUAGGCCAUGUAAAUGAACUGAAAAACUAUAUGAGCUUACGUUACGCUCUCAGAAAACCGAUCAUAAAGGAUAUUGGCUUUCACUUGCAAUUAAUGAUUCGAAGCAAUGGUUGGAAACCAUUUCUCUACGGCAUUGAUAUCGACAUGUGUCGUUUUUGGAAAUCAAAUUACAAUGCCAUUGCCAAGCUCGUUUUUUCCCUUCUCGAAGGCCACACAAACAUUAAUCACAGUUGUCCUUAUAAGGAUGAGAAGUACAUAUUUAUUGAUAAUCUGAUGAAUACGGACAUAUCUAAAAAAAUUCGUGGACUUCCCUUUGGCAAAGGUCUUUAUGCGCUGAACGCUGAAUGGUCGUGGAAAAAUAUAUCGCGUGUUCGGGCAAAAAUAUACUUUGAGGUUUUGAAGGUCUAAUUUCAGGGUGUAUAAAUAUUUUAACAUC